AUGUAUGACGACUCCUACGUGCCCGGGUUUGAGGACUCGGAGGCGGGUUCAGCCGACUCCUAUACCAGCCGUCCAUCUCUGGACUCAGACGUCUCCCUGGAGGAGGACCGGGAAAGUGCCCGGCGUGAAGUGGAGAGUCAGGCUCAGCAGCAGCUCGAGAGGGCCAAGCACAAACCUGUGGCAUUUGCUGUGAGAACCAAUGUCAGCUACUGUGGUGUAUUGGAUGAAGAGUGCCCAGUCCAGGGCUCUGGAGUCAACUUUGAAGCCAAAGAUUUUCUGCACAUUAAAGAGAAGUACAGCAAUGACUGGUGGAUCGGGAGGCUAGUGAAAGAAGGCGGAGACAUCGCCUUUAUCCCCAGCCCACAGCGCCUGGAGAGUAUCCGUCUCAAACAGGAGCAGAAGGCCAGGAGAUCAGGGAACCCUUCCAGCCUCAGUGACAUUGGCAACCGACGCUCUCCUCCUCCAUCUCUAGCCAAGCAGAAGCAAAAACAGGCAGAACAUGUUCCCCCAUAUGAUGUGGUACCCUCCAUGCGGCCUGUGGUGCUGGUGGGACCCUCUCUGAAAGGUUAUGAGGUCACAGACAUGAUGCAGAAGGCUCUCUUUGACUUCCUCAAACAUAGGUUUGAUGGCAGGAUCUCCAUCACCCGCGUGACAGCAGACCUCUCACUGGCAAAGCGAUCUGUGCUCAACAAUCCUGGCAAGAGGACCAUCAUUGAGCGCUCUUCUGCCCGCUCCAGCAUCGCUGAAGUACAGAGUGAAAUCGAGCGCAUAUUCGAGCUGGCCAAAUCCCUGCAGCUAGUGGUGUUGGAUGCUGACACCAUCAACCACCCAGCACAGCUGGCCAAGACCUCACUGGCCCCCAUCAUCGUCUUUGUCAAAGUGUCCUCACCCAAGGUACUCCAGAGGCUCAUUCGCUCCCGGGGGAAGUCACAGAUGAAGCACUUGACUGUACAGAUGAUGGCAUAUGAUAAGCUGGUUCAGUGCCCACCAGAGUCAUUUGAUGUGAUUUUGGAUGAGAACCAGCUGGAGGAUGCCUGUGAGCACUUGGCUGAGUAUCUAGAAGUUUACUGGCGAGCCACCCACCACCCAGCCCCUCCUGGCCCUGGACUUUUGGGUCCUCCCAGUGCCAUCCCUGGACUUCAGAACCAGCAGCUGCUGGGGGAGCGAGGUGAGGAGCACUCACCCCUGGAGCGAGAUAGCUUGAUGCCCUCAGACGAGGCCAGUGAGAGCUCCCGCCAGGCCUGGACAGAAUCGUCACAGCGUAGCUCCCGACAUCUAGAAGAGGACUAUGCAGAUGCCUACCGGGAUCUGUACCAGCCUCACCGCCAACACACCUCUGGUCUGCCCAGUGCUAACGGGCAUGACCCCCAAGACCGGCUCCUAGCCCAGGACUCGGAGCACAACCACAAUGACCGGAACUGGCAGCGCAACCGGCCUUGGCCCAAGGAUAGCUACUGACAGCCUCCUGUUGCCCUACCCUGACAGGCACAGGAACAGCUGGCUGGGAUGUCCACUCCAGGCAGGUUGGAGUUAGACUGGCAUUAGGUUGCCAUUAGGCUCAGCUCCCACCACCCUUUGUCUAGCCCCAGCUCCAGGGCUGCCUGUGAUCCAAUGGCUCUGGAAGAAGCAGGGUGCCCCUCACCUCCUGGGCACAGUGACCCCAUAGGCUCUCAUUCCAGGUACUAGCUGUGUGUUCUGCACCUUCCUUGCCUCCUGCACAAGAAGCUGCCCCACUGGGCAGUGCCCUCAGGCCAAGAUCCCUAUAGCAUGGGCUUUCCCACCAGACUCAGGGAAGGGAUGCCCCCUCAGUGGCAAGAGGGUGGGGGGUGUGGGCAACAUGGUACAAGGAAGAAACAAGGUUCCUGAGCAGGCAGAAGUCCUAACAACCCAGGAACUCAAGAGUUGUGCUUUGGGGUCUGAGGGCCUCACUCACCUCACUGCCACACAUUGAAAUGAGACAAUCAAAAGCCCAACAUUGUGGCACUUAUGUCCAUCAGCUGGGGUGGGGCAUCCACAUUCAACAUCGGAGAAGCAGGCAGGUGAAGCUGGGUCAGAGAAAGAUCUCACAGCUGAAACCCUAAGAGGAAAGGGCUCUCCUCACUCCAACAGAAAGCUUAGCAUCUGCUAGGACAAGGGAUCCUGGAGCAAGUCAAGUUAGAAGGUAGAUAGGAGCCAACCUGGACUAGGGGUUUGGGGAGGGAAGAACAGCUUCAGGGCCUCCUUGCCUUUCUCAUUCUUUUGCCCUUGCAUCCUGUCAUUUCUGUUCGUUCCCUUCAUGCCUUCUGGAAGAUAGGGGCUCCAGACUUUAUUCCCUGACUCAUAGCUGCUGCUUGUUAAGUUAGGGUUAGAUGGGGAGACAUAGGACAGACACAGUGGGCAGCCCCCAGAGACCCUGGCUACUUGGCUACCCUUGCCUAUGGCUCUAUUAUGUGACCUACAGAGCAUGUUCCUUAAGAACCUGCCCCAUCUCUCUGUCAUCACCAAUAAAACACCAUGCACAGUC